AUGGGUAUCACAAUUGAAGAAACGCAUGGCAAUAUUCACCGCGUCACUUGGCGCAUCAACAGUGAAAACAAAACCAGUGGACAAAUCAAUAAGACCGUACCGUUCGCUCGUUUCUUCGCACACUUUGACAUCUCGUGCACUUACAAUGAAAUCAAUCCGGUGGAACACAUCUUCAACGCCGAGUUCCGUUUAAAGCAGUUGGAGAGCAGCACCAACAAUGGGUCGUCAACUUCCAGCGAAGAUAGAGAGACUCUUCCGGAUUACUAUCGUGAACCGUGCGCUGUUUGGAUAACAGAUACAAACGAUCAGAAACAAAUGUUCAAGAGACAGUCUGACGGGUGGGAAAUUAAAACCAACAUCAAAGUUUACACCGAUUCAAUUUGGGCCAGCAUUUUCAUCCAGUUUAACACUUUCAGUGAAAUAAGCGUGUUGCUGCAACAUCUCACCGACAUUUACGUGAAUCAGUCCAACUGUGAUAUCCAAUUUUGUUUUCAAGACGACCGGAAAAUCGGUGGACACGUUUCCAUUUUGGCCGCCAGAAGUCCCGUAUUCGCCGCAAUGUUCAAUCACGACAUGAAAGAAAAACAGACGGGCGAAGUUGUCAUCGAAGACAUUGAGUUUGAGAUUUUCAAAGAGCUGCUUCACUACAUCUACUCCGGCCGGAUGAAAACUGUUCUGACGGAAGCAACUGCUCGAUCGCUGUGCGUGGCCGCCGAUAAAUACGACGUCCCGGGACUGAAGGAGGAGUGCACCCGCGCUCUGCUCUUUGAUUUGAAAAGAGGAAAAGCAUUUGAUUUGUUGGUUUGGGCCGACCUGCAUUCGGUGGAGAAAGUUAAAAAAGAAAUUCUGACUUACGUGGCUAAGCACUUCAAAACCAUUUGUCAAACGGACGACUGGGAAGCGUUCAUUCUGAACUAUCCGCAUCUUUGUUUACUUGUGACUCGAAAUUUGAUGUAA